UUGAUCAAAGAGACAAAAACACUCCUCACCCACUCUCUCCCUCAUUUCUCUCGGCCAGCACAAACCCCAGCAAGACCAAGAAAAUCCCCAUCCUCCUUUUCCCAUCCUUGAAGAGAGCUCAAGCAAUAGAAGUCCAAGGGGAAAGAUUGAAGGGAGAAAAAGCUAGGAAAAGUGAGAAAGAUUAAGGAACUUGAUUAAAGUAUUUUUGAGCUUCGCCGGAGUUUUGCCGGAGUUGGUCAACGUUCACCGGAGUUGGUCAAAGUUCACCGGAAAUUAGUCAAAGUUCAACCGGGGGAGCGUAGAUCGCGUUUAAGCUCACUUAAGUUUCAGGUAGGAGCUGAGCUUGCUACCAGUGCCCGUUGCUCCGGGCGAAUUCAAGGAAGGAAGACGUGAAAUGGAGCCAGUCGGAAGGAUCACUAGGAGGAACCCGACGGGCCGUGUACUGGGUGGGUCCGAGCGCGGUAGCCGGGGGUCCUCUAGGGGAUCAAGAGGAAGAGGCCGCGGAGGCCGACAACAACAAACCGUGAGCGAUGGCCACGUCGAUACGGAAAGCGAAACCUAUUGGUCUUAUGAGGAUUCGACCUACCGGCCCGAAACUGAGCCGGUUGAGACCCCUUAUGAAGGGGACGACGACGAUGUUAGCGACGAGGAGGAAAAUGGCUCCUUGGCUAGGAUUGAAGCACUGCUCCAACAAUAUCAUCGGGAGCGUGAGGAAAGGAGAGAACGCCGGAGGCGCCGUGCGGGGCAACCUUCGGGUGGGGCUCCAAGAGGAAGGAGCUAUUGUGAUUCAAGAACCCACGUGGAAGCACAUGGGAGCCGAGGUGAUGGAGGUCCAACCAUAAGGAUCUCCAAAUACAUCAAAGAGGCGAGGGACUUGGGGUGCAAACCGUUCGAUGGAACGGGGGACAUCUCGGUGGCCGCGCAAUGGAUCAAGAGGCUGAACGAGGCAGCCCUUGACAUGCAACUCACCCCCGAUUUCAAACUGAGAAUCGCGGUGAGGUUACUUGAAGGGUUGGCAUCCAAGUGGUGGGAUGGAACCAAGGGCAAGUACGGAGGGAAUGUUACUUGGGAGGUUUUUCGGCAAGAAUUCUUUGCCCAAUACUACUCUGACUUUGAGGUAAAUGCCAAGGUGAGAGAAUACACUCUUCUAACCCAAGGGGGUAACAUGACGGUGAAAGAACUUGAGCACAAGUUCAGGGACCUUGCCGACCACAUACCGGAGUAUGCUUGUGAUGAAAACCGAAUGGUGAACCACUUUUGGGAGGCUUUGGACCUGGAGAUACGUGAUAGGGCGACUCAAUUGCCCAACAUGACUUUCAGCCAAGUGGUCGCCCAAGGGUUGAAGGGAGAAAAGCAAUGGGAGGAGAGAAAGAAGAGAGACGCCGAGGAGGCGAAGAAAAGAAAGUGGGAAAGCCAUGGCCCCCAGGGUUCUAACAAAAAGGGGAACCAUGGGGGGGGGAGGAUCAUUUAGGGCACCGGCACCACUACUAGAAAAAUAGCUAUUUGCUGCGGUCAUUUUUAGCUAUUUGUUGCGGUUUUGAACCGCAGCAAUUGGCAGGGCAGCAAAUAGUCAAAAAACGUAUUUGCUGCGGUCCCGAACCGCAGCAAAUAGCUAUUUAAAAAAAAAUGAGUUUCGACUUAUUGCUGCGGUUCAGAACCGCAGCAAAUACCUAUUUUUUAAAAGGUGGACUUUGACUUAUUGCUGCGGUUACAACCGCAGCAAAUACAUGAAAAAAGUGGCUUACGUUCCUUGUUUUGUAAUUCUACCAAAAUUAUAUAGAUCAUGGUUUACAUCAAAUAAUA